AUGCAGUUAACUUUUGCUUGUGAUAUUGACAGUGAUGCUGUACAGGAAAGAGAAACGGAGCACCCGGGGAACAAGAAACCCCGAAACGUAGGCCCCGCCCCGCCCCGUGUCCGGCCCGCCCACAAUCUGUGGUUCCCCGGCCUCCCCUACCUGCGCGGGUUCCCGCAGACCCGGAAGCUGCUGACUGGGACAGAGGCGUUCCCGGGCUCGUCCUCUCUCGCUCGGGGGUUCACGCACUUCCGGGUCCCCGGCCUCGCCCGAGUGCCCUGGGGGGUCAGCGCCGCAGCCCCGCUCUCGGGGAGCCCCGUCCCGUCCCUGUUCCCGGGGUUCUGCAGACCCCACCUCUGCCCUAAUCUGUCCCCUCAGCCCUACCCCGCCAUUGUUCUUCUUGGCGAGUCAGCUCCCUGGGACGGUCCUCAGUCCUUACAGUUCCUAGGGGAGCUCAGUGCAGCGCAGCUCUCCUCUGCUGCCCUGUGUGUGGAACUUCACCAGGAGGGAGGCGGGCUCUGCCAUGAAUCUGGGCAACAGGGAAGCGAGGCCUGGCGAAGUGUAGGCUCCGCCCCUAGUCCGGCCCCGCCUACUAUCCGGCCCCGCCCCACCCUGGCCGCUCAGCUCUGUGCUGGUUUCUGCAGACCCGGAAGCCGCUGGAGUAGAAAGAAGGCUGCUCAGUGGCUGGAGGAAGCCCAAAUCAGGAGGAAGACGAAAGAAGAGGAAUCCGAAAUGGCUCUUACUCAGGGACGCUUGACAUUCAGGGAUGUGGCCAUAGAGUUCUCUCAGGAGGAGUGGCAGUGCCUGGACCCUGCUCAGAGGGCUUUGUACAGGGCCGUGAUGUUGGAGAACUACAGGAACCUGGUCUCCCUGGGAAUCUUCUUUCCUGACCUGACUGUUCACUCCAUGUGGGAGGAAGGGAAUGAGCCCUGGACUAUGGAGCAUGAAGUAAAAACAGCCAGAAAUUCAAUCCAGGAGGAAUGGAUCAAAGGUGUACACUCAGGGAGGAGUUGUAUACUGGCAAUGGAAGCAAGAUACAAACUUAUUAAAUAUCAACAUGGAUUAAGCUUUCGCUCCCAUCUUCCUGAACAGCAACUAUUUCAAGAUGAAGGGAAAAUUGAUGAAUGCAAUGAAACUGAAAACGGUCUCAUCCAUAUUACCCCACAUUCACCACUUGAAAACACUCCUUCUAAGCUCAAAACCCACAUGCUUAAUAAAUAUCAGAAUGAGUUUGUCCGUUCUCCAAUAGUCACACAAGAACUGAACACACAUGUUAGGGAAGAACCUUAUAGGCAUAACGAGCAUGGUGAAGCCUUCAGUGUGUCUUCAAGCCCUCCUGACCAUGGAGUAGUUCAUACUGGAAAGAAACCUAUAAAAUGUGACAAGUGUGGCAAGGCCUUCAGGAAAAAUUCAGAGCUUGUACAACAUUGGAGAAUCCAUACUGGGGAGAAACCUUAUAGCUGUAAUGAGUGUGGCAAGGCCUUUAUUUACAGUUCACACCUUGUAAAACAUGCAGUUGUUCAUACUGCAGAGAAACCUUACAAAUGCAAUGAGUGUGGCAAGGUCUUCCGUCGUAAAUCGCACCUUAAAAAUCAUCACACGAUCCAUUUGGGAGAGAAACCUUACAAGUGUAAUGAAUGUGGCAAGACCUUCAGACUAAAGAUAGGCCUUACUGUUCACCAGAAAAUACAUUCUGGAGAGAAACCUUACAAAUGUAGUGAGUGUGGCAAGGUUUUCCGUUGUAAAUCAAACCUUAAAAAUCAUCAUAAAAUCCAUACAGGAGAGAAACCUUACAAAUGUAAUGAAUGUGAUAAAGCCUUCAGUGAAAAGUCAUCCCUUACACGUCACCAGCAAAUACAUACUGGAGAGAAGCCAUACAAAUGUAAUGAGUGUGGCAAGGCCUUUAUUUAUAGUUCACACCUUGUAAAACAUAAGAAUGUGCAUACUGUAGAGAAAGUAUACACAUGCAAUGAGUGUGGCAAGGUCUUCUGUUACAAAUCAGAUGUUAAAAAUCAUCACACAACUCAUGUGGGAGAGAAACGUUGCAAAUGUUAUGAAGAUGGCAAAAAAAUUAAUUGUUCUUCAAGGCUUCCUAUACAUCAGGCUAUGCAUAAUGCAGAUAAACCUUACAAAUGUGAUGACUGUGGGAAGGUUUUCAGUAAUAAAUUAUCCCUAACAGUUCAUCUGAGAAUUCACACUGAAGAGAACCUUUACAAGUGUAAUGAAUGUGGCAAGGUCUUCAGUAAGAAAAUAUCCCUUACGGUUCAUCAGAAAACACAUACUAGAGAGAAACCUUACAAAUGCAAUGAGUGUGGCAAAGUCUUCCGUUAUAAAUCAAACCUUAAAAACCACCACACAAUCCAUUUAGGAGAGAAACCUUACAAGUGUAAUGAAUGUGGCAAGGCAUUUAGACAGAAGAUAUACCAUACUGUUCAUCUGAGAAUUCACACUGGAGAGAAACCUUACAAAUGUAAUGAGUGUGGCAAGGUCUUCAGUCAGAAAAUAUCCCUUAGGGUUCAUCAGAAAACACACACUGGAGAGAAACCUUACAAAUGCAGUGAGUGUGGCAAGGUCUUCUGUCGUAAAUCAAAUCUUAAAAAUCAUCACACGAUCCAUUUGGGAGAGAAACCUUACAAAUGUAAUGAGUGUGGCAAAACCUUCAGAGAGAAGACAGGCCUUACUGUGCAUCAGAAAAUACAUUCUGGAGAGAAACCUUACAAAUGUAAUGAGUGUGGCAAGGUCUUCUGUCAUAAAUCUAACCUUAAAAAUCAUCAUAAAAUCCAUACAGGAGAGAAACCUUACAAAUGUGGUGAGUGUGGCAAGGUCUUCCGUCGUAAGUCAAGCCUUAAAAAUCAUCACACAAUCCAUUUGGGAGAGAAACCUUACAAGUGUAAUGAAUGUGGCAAGGCCUUCAGACAGAAGAUAGGCCUUGCUGUUCACCAGAUAAUACAUUCUGGAGAGAAACCUUACAAAUGUAAUGAGUGUGGCAAGGUCUUCCGUCGUAAAUCAAAUCUUAAUAAUCAUCAUAAAAUCCAUAUAGGAGACAAACCUUACAAAUGUAAUGAAUGUGAUAAAGCCUUUAGUGAAAAGUCAUACUUUACGUGUCAUCAGCGAAUUCAUACUGGAGAGAAACCAUACAAAUGUAAUGAGUGUGGCAAGGUCUUCUGUCACAAAUCUAACCUUAAAAGUCAUCAUAAAAUCCACACAGGAGAGAAACCUCACAAAUGUAAUGAAUGUGACAAGACCUUCAGAGAAAAGACAUCCCUUACACAUCACCAGCGAAUUCAUACUGGAGAGAAACCAUACAAAUGUAAUGAGUGUGGCAAGGCCUUCAGUUUAAAAUUAUCCCUUAAAAGUCAUCAAAGAAUCCACACUGGAGAGAAACCUUACCAAUGUAGUGUAUGUGGAAAGGUCUUUAGCCACUCUUCAUCCCUUGUACAUCAUAAGAGAACUCAUUUGUGAGAGACUGCAGACUCUUGGAGGGUGGCAAGUCUUCAUUAUAAAUUUCACCAUUAAUCUGUCACAGAGUAUGCUAAAGAGAAAUCAAGUAAGUGUAAUGUGUGUGGCUUUAUCCGGGCCUGACCACUCACUACCCACCUGAAGGUACAUCUUUAAUAAAACCACAUAAAUGAGAUGUUUAUCACGUGGCUAAUACCCAAAGACCAUUACUUUGGAAGUCAGAGAUUUGCACAAGAAAUAAAUCAGUCUCUAGUUCUCCAGGAUUUAAUGUCUGAUGUUACAUGGUAAAGAGUAACUAUAAAUCAAAGUACAUUGACUGGUAUGACAUGACACUUAACCAUGACCGCUUACCAUGUAAGGACAUACGGACAUGGUCAGUGAUAUUUAGGUUAUAUGAUGUUCAUUAUUUGAGGUUAUUUGGAAACACUACUUUACUUUUUGUGACUUUCAGCCUGAACUUUGAAAUGUCUUCACAUGCUGUCCUUACCAACCUUUCUUGGUGGUGUCUGGGAAAGAAUCUAUAGAACAACAGAUCUCAGUUGACCACUGAGAAUCAUUUCUAUCUUAUGUCUUUGAAGGAAAAGGAUGCCACUUUUGGAGAUUAAAGGUUCUUUUUGUUUUUUUUGUUUUUUUUUCUGUUUUUAUGGAGACUCUGUAACCCAGGGUAAAGUGCACUGGUGUGACCAUAGCCCACUUUACACUCUCAAUUCAUGGACUCCAGUUAGCCUGUGCCCUCUGCCUCUCACCUGAGACUGCAGGUACACCAUAUUUAGUCAAGCUGAUGUUUCUUUUU